CGGUCCUCGUCUGAUUUGCUACACAUGGAACGGUGCUGUCCAUGCCAACAGAGAGAGCGCUUGUGGAAGCAUUCGCAUGCGUGGAUCACGUCCAGACGUCGUUGGAUGACAAUGCUUGAUAAUUAGUAGGAUAGCCUCUAUCCCCUCCUCAACACCUUCAUUCCAGCAUCAUCACCAUGAGGCAACCCGGCAAGGCAUCCUACCAGGACACUGUAACUCCGACUCGACCGCGGCUGUUCGUCGCACCAUUACCCAUUGGUGACCAUGGCAGGAGAAAAAUUGUCAGAGUUCUUGUCGCAAAUCGCGGCGAGAUAGCCUGCCGGAUCAUUGCAACAUGUCGCAAACUCGACCUGACAUCUAUUGCCAUAUAUGCUGAGGAAGAUUCGACAUCCCUUCAUGUAGGAGAGGCCGACGAAGCAAUAAACUUGGGAAGCAUCAGUCAAGAGGCUGGUAACCCUUUCUUGAAUGUCCAGCGGCUUGUCGAGGUUGCUCAAUCAAGCAACGCAGACGCCGUUCACCCUGGUUAUGGCUAUCUUAGCGAAAACGAACAAUUUGCAGACGCAGUUCGACAAGCUGGGAUGAUUUUCAUUGGGCCUGGGUCUGAGGCCAUGGCUACACUGGGUGAUAAGCGGAAUUCGAAAGAUUAUCUGAGGAAGCACGCCCCAGAGGUCCCAUUAAUACCCGGAUUCACAGGCUCAGAACAGAAUAUUGACGACCUUCAAGCGGCUGCUGAGAAGGUUGGGUACCCUGUCAUGCUAAAGGCGUCGGCUGGAGGCGGUGGCCGUGGAAUGAGGAUCGUUCGCGAAAAGUCUCAUCUGGCGACUGAAUUGGCUCGCGCACAAUCCGAAGCCAAGCGAUCAUUUGGGUCGAGCGACUGUAUCCUGGAGAAGUAUAUCGAGGCUGCGAAACAUGUCGAGGUUCAGAUCAUCGGUGACGGCCACGGCAACGUUCUGUCACUAUGGGAAAGAGAAUGUUCAGUGCAACGGCGCCACCAGAAAAUCAUUGAGGAAACUCCAUCGCCAUUCCUGACCCCCGAACAGAGACGGAGAAUGUGUGCAGUGGCAGUCCGGAUUGGCAAACUUAUCGGUUAUGAAGGAGCAGGAACGGUCGAAUUUGUCGUCGAUGCGAAAACCGGGCAUUUCUAUUUCCUCGAGGUAAAUACGCGGCUACAGGUCGAGCAUCCCAUUACCGAGGAGGUUACAGGGAUGGACAUUGUGGCAAUGCAGCUGUUCGUUGCUGCUGGUGGACGGUUCAGUGAUAUCCCCUACCUACAACGAAUACCACAGCAUGGUCAUGCGAUCGAAUGUCGAUUAUGUGCCGAGAACCCAGCCAACGAUUUUCUGCCGGAGCACGGUACCAUUCGGUUAUGGCGAGAAGCACACCAUCAGGCAGGAUCAAGGGAUGUCCGUUUCGAGACGGCGGUAACUACCGGAUCAAAAGUGUCGAUUUAUUUUGACUCCAUGAUUGCGAAAAUCGUCGUCUGGGCACCCACAAGAGCGAUGGCGGUCACGAAGAUGAUCAAAGUGAUGUCCAAUACUGUCUGCGCUGGGGUGAGGACAAACCAGCUAUUCCUUCAAGCAUGUCUUGCACAUGACAGCUUCCAAGAUCCAGCAUACACAACAUCGCUGAUCCCAAACAACCUAACUGCGCUGUUGAAGAACCCGCAUUCGACAACCGCUCCUCGGAUGGUCUCAAUGCUCUCACUUGUGCCGGGGCUAGUUCUUCAUCAACUUUCUGGUACCGCUAGUGCAAGCAAGCCGUUUGCUCAUGUCCGUCAAGCAUUUCGAAAUCAAUGCUUCGACUCUGUCAACGUCGACAGUCUCAUUAUCGUUCCGAAUGAUUCAUCGUCUCACCAGCCUCCAAUGUUGUCCAUCUGGAGUCUGGUUAACGCCCGAGACAAGACGAAAUACAAAGUCACCCUGAUCCCGGUCUCCGAGCUUGAAGAACAAUGUCAAGAGAGAGGCUCGACCGCCCUUGAAAUGUCCCGUCGCUAUCACUCCAUCAGCCACAAGCUCAGAGACCAAACACUUGUGGAUGCUCCUUCAUACACCGUGUCUCUGACAAACUGGAAGCCGCUGGUCUCUACUGAGGGAAGUCUCAGCAGCAUCAGCCCGUCGUGGAGAACAGCCAUGGUCGGCGUUACAAUUAACCAGUCCACCAUCCACGCGUACAUGGCAACCGAUGCUGAUAUCAACGCCGCCAACUCUGCAGGCUCAUGUCAAUCUGUGCUAUGCCACUUCCCGGCGCUAGGUACCUGGUUGGAGUACAAAUGUUACAGUCUGUUGAACUACAUGGAAAGUCUACGAGCCGAAUUGGUUGCUUCCGGCACUGGGGCUGCGAGUGGGGUGUCUGCGAAGUCCAUCAAGAGUCCCAUGCCAUGUAAAAUCUUGUCCGUGCUGAAAAAGAAUGGAGAAGAGGUUAAGAAUGGUGAGACGGUCAUGGUCAUUGAGAGUAUGAAGAUGGAGACAAACAUCAUCGUCAAUGCGGAUGGGAAGUUUAUGACGAGCGUCAAGCAGGGUGACGGUGUGGAUGAUGGCGUGGUUCUUUGCUGGGUGGAAUGAAUGAGGUUUCGAUGUAUGUAUGUCUAUAUCAGGACGAGCUUUGUGGUUAU